AGUUUCUAUUGCUUGAAAACGUGGUGUCAAAAUACAGCUACCCCUGCAUCCUGGACUUGAAGAUGGGCACGCGGCAGCACGGCGAUGACGCCUCGGAGGAGAAGAAAGCCCGGCACAUCAAGAAGUGUGAACAAAGCACCUCUGCAUCACUGGGCGUCCGCAUCUGUGGGAUGCAGGUUUACCAAGCGGACACUGGCCAUUUUCUCUGCAAAGAUAAGUACUACGGCAGGAAGCUCACCCCGGAGGGCUUCAGGCAAACCUUGCGCCAAUUCCUGUGCAACGGCAACCGCCUGCGAGCGGAUCUCCUGGAGCCCAUCAUCCUGCGGCUGAAGGCGCUGCUGUCUGUCAUCAGGAAGCAGAGCUCUUACAGGUUCUACUCCAGCUCGCUUCUCAUCAUUUACGAGGGACAGGAGCACAAGGAGAGCACGGCCCCCUUGGAUAAUCACCUGCACUUCCAAAAAACAAACUGCACCGCGGCCCACGGCACCCACCCCUCCAGAGCCGACGUCCGGAUGAUUGACUUUGCCCACACCACUUUUAAAGGCUCCAAAUGCAACCACACCACUUACGACGGGCCAGACCACGGCUAUAUUUUUGGCCUGGAGAAUCUCAUCAAAAUCCUUCAGAGUAUUUCGGAAGGAAAAUGA